AUGUAUGUGGUUUUUACAUCAGGAAGCACAGGAACUCCAAAGGGAGCCAUGGUCACACACCAGAACCUAGCAUCGGCGAUGCAUUAUGAGAAAGACCAUUACCAACUUGACGAAACCUCACGCAUUUACGACUUUUCUUCCUACGGAUUUAUUGUUUCUAUUGUAAACAUGUUUAACGCUAUUUGUUCAGGAUCUUGUGUAUGUAUUCCUCGAGAUGAGGAUAGACGGAACAAGCUAGCCGAUAGUAUCAACUCACUGCGUGCCAACAUUAUACAUCUCACGCCUUCUGCAGCCAAUGUGCUUGAUCCAGAUGAAGUGCCUGGUAUCAAGACUGUUGUCUUCUCAGGUGAAGGGCUUCACGCCGAUGCCAUCAAAAAAUGGUGGGGGAAGGUUCGUGUUCUGAACGUGUACGGCCAGGCAGAGUGUGCCCCAAGAGCUAUCAUCAACGAUAGUGCAACCACGCCGGCCGAGGUAACGCGCAUUGGAAGAGGCCAUGGACAGAAGACUUGGAUUGUUGAUCCCAGGGAUCAUAAUAAGCUCGUGCCCUUUGGCUGUAUUGGAGAGCUGCUUCUUGAGGGCCCUCAAGUUGGACGAGGAUAUCUAGGCGAUCCGGAAAAAACUGCCGCCUCUUUCAUACACGACCCAACAUGGCUGACGAAAGGACCUCCUGGGGGCACUGGGAGAUCUGGCCGCCUUUACAAGACGGGAGAUUUGGUGCAGGCUGAUCAAAGUGGCAUGCUUACGCUGAUCGGGCGUAAAGAUGCCCAGGUUAAAAUUAGAGGACAGAGAGUCGAGCUCGGUGAAGUUGAGCAUCGCAUAUUGGAAUCUAUCGACGAAGCCGUGCAAGUAGUUGCUGAAAUCGUUGUACCCAAGGGCGAUGGUGCCAGCCCAAUGCUAGCUGCGUUCUUAGUCCUCGACAAUGCCGCUACAGAUGCCGCACAAGACGGUGACAAUGUACGCGCCGCCAAAAUACAUCACAUUACUGCGGAUUCUCAGAAAAGACUCAGUGAUAGUCUCCCGGUGUACAUGAUCCCAACGGUAUUUUUCUCAGUCGUUGCGAUACCGAAAACUGUAACGAACAAGAUCAAUCGCCGACAGCUUCGCGAGAUGGGCAGUGCUUACUCUGUACAAGAGCUAGCUGAGAUGAGAACCCAAGCUGGAGGGCCAAAGCGAGAGCCAAAGAAGCCCAUGGAGAAACACCUUCACGCUUUGUGGAGCCGCAUUCUCAACCUGAAGCCAUCAAGCAUCGGCCUGGGUGACAGCUUCAUACAGCUCGGUGGUGAUUCAAUCGCGGCUAUGAAGGUAGCUAGCGAGGGGCGUAAGAUAGGAAUUGAUCUGUCUGUUGCCACAAUCCUAAGCAACAUUUCGCUGGAAGAAGUUGCGGACAAUAGUCUUUAUAUCGAGCAAGAUAUGUUGGAGCUCAUCAAACCGUUUAGUUUAUUGCCAAAUGGUGAAGAUGUAUCUGGCAUUGUCAAAGAAGCGGCCAAGUUAUGCGGCACCGAAGAGUCGGCAAUACUAGACAUCUACCCGUGCACACCACUUCAAGAAGGAUUGUUCUCCCUGGCGUUAGCCUCUAGCCUAGGAGACUAUAUCGCGCAGUACACUCUAGAAAUCUCAAAUGAGGUUAAUGUGGAGCGUCUUUGCGAAGCAUGGGCAACAGUCCGACGGACGGUCUUGAGUCGUAUUUGA